UUGCCGAUUUAUUUAUUAAUUAUUUGAUCCAUGGAAAUUAAAGGCAUCACUCAUUUAAUCUGCCGUAAUGACAACAAAAUAAAAAGAUUAUUUUAACCCGAUAAUCGGUUGCUAAUUGAUUGCAAAUUGCAUCUUCUCGCGUGUCAAGAUGUUUAUUACACAUUGUUAUAUGUAAAGUAAACGCAGACUGGGUAGUACUAUCCCGAAAUAAGUUAAUUUUAUCAGCUAAAAUUAUCGGAACCAGUCAACUGUUUUUUUAACAUAAUUUCUCGGAGGUUACGAUUUAGAACGUCUGAAACAAAAUGUCGGUCCAAAUUACGAACAUUUUUUCAUUUUCGCCACUCGCGAUUUUUCUUCGCCACUUUCAUCGCAGAUUCGCCAAAUGGCUUGAGUGGCGAACGACAGCGUGGGCCCUGCAAAAGCGGGCUCUAAAUGAGAACACUAUGUAUGUGUUAAGGUAGUCAAAAUAAUUUGACGUUCAGAUUGUUUUAUAUUUGUGACUGGUACUGUAGUAGUCAAUAUGUCAAAACUUAUAAGGACCAAAAUAACUGAGGAUGAAUCACAGUAUACAGUUAUGUUAAGUUAUUGGUUUUAUCGCUUGCGCAUCUUGCGUGUAUACACAGUAAAUGUUAAUCGUGUAAAGUACAUACAUAGGUUUAAAUCACCAGAAUAUUCUUAAUUUUGGAUGUUAUUAGAUAUUUUUUACAUAAAUCAAUGAGGAUACAUGUACAUGUAUGAUGCAUUCUGGUCUUGGGUAUAAUCAGAUGAGCAAUUUCAUGGCAGCUAUGGAAGUGCCUGCCCCGCAUCAUUCAGCUGUAAAACAGUGGGAACGAAAGGUUGGUAGCCAUGUGAGAUCAAUCGCAGAGGAGUCGUGCAAGUCAGCAAUACAGGAGGAGAAAGCCAUAAUGUGGAGUGAAACCAGUGAAGAAGAUAAUGCCCUUUCUAGCUCCACUACAGAUCAUCUGUAUGCGAAAGCUCCAGUGGAGGAUUCGCAAAAACAUGUAGAAGGCGAAUUUAAAUAUGACAUGGGGUGGCAGAAGAGGGGGUCAGGAAGGGCAUAUGACAGCAGAUCAGGAGUUGGAACAAUGAUAGGAAACCGCUCAGGAAAGAUAUGUGCAUAUGGUGUCAGAAUAAAAGAUUGUAAGUUUUGCUCAGUUCAUAAAGGCAAAGAGAAUAUUCCUGAUCAUGUCUGCUGUAGAAACUGGACAGGUAGUUCGAAGGCAAUGGAAGCCGAUGUUGCUGGUGAACUGGUGAAGAAAGUUGAGAAUGAAAACAUAAAUGUAAGUGUACUUAUUAUGGAUGAUGACUGUACCACCUUAGCUAGAGUAAGACAAGAACUUACCCAUGAUAUUGAAAAGUGGAGCGACCAGAAUCACACAGUGAAACACCUAGGAAACAGUCUGUAUAAUCUCCAGAAGAAACACAAAGUACUGUCGGCAAAAGUAAUCAAACAUCUUCAAAAGUGUUUCAAUUAUGCUCUUGCCCAAAACAAAGGAAAACCAGAUGACUUUAAAGGUGCUCUCAAGCAGAUUGUUCCACAUGUCUUUGGAGACCAUCAGUCAUGUGGCACAUGGUGUGGCUACCAAAAAGACCCUCAAAAUUAUAGGCAUAAUGGACUCCUUUAUGGAAGACCGUUGACAGGUGAAGGUUUAAGAGCUGAUCUGAACUCUGUAUUUGAUUUAUUCAUACAAAAUGCUGAGAGAAUAGCUCCAGGAGGGUCUACGAAAGACGUUGAAUCUUUUAAUAAUAUGAUUGCAAGUAAGGCCCCUAAACGGAUUCACUACUCUGCUUCAGAGAGCAUUCUUAACCGAGUUGCUUGUGCUGUAGCACAGAAAAAUGAAGGAGCGACAUAUGUGAACAAAGUAAACAACGAAAUUGGUAUUUCACCAGGAAAUGUAAUGGAGAGUCAUGCUAAAAAGUUAGACAUGUUGAGGGAAAAAAGACGUUCUGUGGAAAACACUGUAGCAUUCAAGAAAAGAAAACUGCAAAGAAAGCUAUCUCAGAAAAAUGAAACUGCUGUAAAAGAAGUUCGGGAAGGUGUUACCUACUGUUCUGGAGUAGCUCUCUCUCACCCUUCAGAAGAAACAGAGAUUCCUUCUCCACAGCUUCUCCCAGAUAGUACACUAUUAUCAAAUGAACAAGUUUGGGAUAGGAAUACUGUUUUUUGUGACAUUGAAACAACAUCGUUACAUAGUGAUACUGACAUUGUGCAAAUAGCUGCUGUAUGUGGGUUAAAUAAGUUCAACCAGUAUAUAACUCCUACCAAAGCCUUUACACCAUUUGCUUCUGCUAUAACUGAAUUGACAAGUUAUGGAAAUACAUUGUUUUACCAAGGAAAACCUGUACAGUCUGUUUCCUUGAAAAAUGGACUUCAGAAUUUUCUGUCAUGGCUCAAGCCAAUUCAACCAUGCAUUUUGGUUGGCCAUAAUUUUCAUAAGUUUGAUCUACCUCGUAUUAUUCGUGCAUUUCACAUUAGUGGUCUAACUGAUGAGUUUCAAGAAUCUGUUACUGGUUGUGUUGACACAUAUCCAAUGUUUAAAAAAAUGUUUCCUGAUUUAGAAAAGUACUCACAGGAACACCUUGUGUCUGUGUUUUCACACGAAAAAUACAAUGCGCACAAUGCCCUUGGUGAUGUCGAAAGUCUGCAAAACCUUUGUGCAACUGUUGGUGUUGGUAAAAAAGAAAUGGUUGAGUUUAGCUGUACUUUAGAAAGUUCUGUCAAGAAAUGGGUAUAUACUGAUAAAUGUCACAAAAAUGAACAAACCCUGGCCACCUUGAGUGAACAUGAUGUUCUUUCUAAAGGAAUGAUACAUAAGAUUGCUUUUAGUGGCCUCACACUAGGUCAUCUAAAGCUUGCUGUGCAACGUUCAGGUUAUGACGGAUUGUCCCAGUUACUGUCUGAAAAGAGUUUAGGAAAACCUAGGGUCACAAACAGGAAGAACAUAAUAGAAAAAUUAUUUGUCUUUCUAAAAGAUUUUUAAGAAAGACUUGUCAAAUUUGCAUUUAGGGUAUGAAUUUGUCAAAUCACAUUGAACAUAUAGGUACUGGAAUCAAACUGUCAGUCUUUCAUUUGUUGGUUGUAAUCCUUACUAUCUAUGUGUUAGAAGAUCAUUACUUUACAAUAUAAUGACCCUUUUCACUACUAACAAGAAACUCUGCUAUAUACCAUUCUUGAAUAUACAUGUAAGGAUGUAUUAGGGGCUGGAAAGAGGGUAAUAAAAGAAUGUCCAUAAGAGCUUGGCUUCAUUGAGAUAAAUAUCAUAUUGCUCACAUUAUAUGAUUUAGGGAUAGUACUUGAUUGUAAACAUGUAAUUUUGUGAAUUCAGAUAUGUUGAAAUGUAUUUUAUCACAUGUCUGACGUCGUGGGAGUGUAAUAAAGCCAUUACAUAAAAAAUGAUGAUACACUUGUGUAAUAAAGCUUUGACAUCAACAUUGUUUAUAGUGUAAAAGAUAUGCGUCAAAUUUACUUGUUUAUAUAUUAAAAGAAAGUAGAAUUUUUGAUGUUUCAUUAGGAAAAGAUAACAUGUGAAAAAAAGAAUAUUACAUUUUUGACCUUCUACAUUGAAUUUAUUAAACUCGUUGAAUAAUAUUGAAAAAAAGCUCGGCACAGCCUCGCAUGUUAUUAUUUUAUUAACUCAUUUGAUAAAUUCAAUAUGAAAAGACACUUGUAAUAUCGUCCAUAUAUUUAAUAGAGAGUUCCAUGUAAACCAAUUAGGUCAGAUUAACGUUUUGACAUGCUGAGGAUGUAUCAAUACAAGCUAUAUAUUUUAUGAAUAAGAGUUAAUUAUUUUCAUGUGUGAAAUUUCUUACUUUUUGCAUCUUCUACAAAAAGGCAGUUUUUGUCAAGUCUUGUAACCUAUAACUUUUAGUUAAUGAUUUUUGGCAUGAUCUGAUUUGCUUUAAAGAUGCUAAGUUCCAGUGUAUUGGUUGAAGGUUUUUGUCCAUUUUUUGUAUUCGAAAGUAAUGGAAUGCCCAGAAGUUAACCCCCAACCACCCACCCACACCCUUUAUUAGCUCACCUGUCACAUAGUGACAAGGUGAGCUUUUGUGAUCACCCUUCGUCCGUCGUCAGUCCGUGUGUGCAUCCGUCCGUCAACAAUUUCUUGUCUGCAAGAUAGUGGUUUCAUUUAUGAUUUUAUUUUAACCAAACUUGCACACAACUUGUAUCACCAUAAGAUCUCGGUUCCUUUCUUGAACUGGCCAGAUCCCAUAAUGGGUUCCAGAGUUAUGCUCCUGAAAGGGCCAAAAUUAGCUAUUUUGAGAUUGUCUGCACAAUAGCAGCUUUAUUUAUAAUUUGAUGUUUACCAAACUUGCACACAACUUGUAUCACCAUAAGAUCUUGGUUCCUUUCUGGAACUGGCCAGAUUCUGUUAUGGGUUCCAGAGUUAUGGCCCCUGAAAGGCCCAGAAUUAGCUAUUUUGACCUUGUCUGCACAAUAGCAGUUUUAUUUAAGAUUUGAUUUUUACCAAACUUGCACACAACUUGUAUCACCAUAAGGUCUUGGUUCCUUUCUGGAACUGGCAAGAUUCCUUUAUGGGUUCUAGAGUUAUGUCCCCUGAAGGGGUCAAAAUUAGCUAUUUUGACCUUGUCUGCGCAAUAGCAGCUUCAUUUAUGAUUUGAUUUUAACAAAACUUGUGUCACCAUAAGAUCUUGGUUCCUUUCUUGAACCGGCCAGAUCCCUUAAUGGGUUCCAGAGUUAUGGCCCCUGAUAGGGCCGGAAUUAGCUAUUUUGACCUUGUCUGCACAAUGGCAGCUUCAUUUAUGAUUUCAAUUUAAUCAAACUUGCACAAAACUUGUGUCAUCAAAAGAUCUUGGGUUCCAUUCUUGAACCGGCCAGAUCCCAUAAUGGGUUCCAGAGUUAUGGCCACUGAAAGGGCCAAAAUUGGUUAUUUUGACCUUGUCUGCACAAUAGCAGCUUCAUUAUGUCUCCCCCAGGAGACAUAUUGUUUUUGCCCUGUCAGUCCGUCCGUCUGUCCGUCCGUCCUUCCGUCACACUUCAUUUCCGAGCAAUAACUGGAGAACCAUUUCACCUAGAACCUUCAAACUUCAUAGGGUCGUAGGGCUGCUGGAGUAGACGACCCCUAUUGUUUUUGGGGUCACUCCGUCAAAGGUCAAGGUCACAGGGGCCUGAACAUUGAAAACCGUUUCCGAGCAAUAACUAGAGAACCACUUGAACCAGAAUGUUGAAACUUCAUAGGAUGAUUGGUCAUGAAGAGUAGAUGACCCCUAUUGAUUUUUAGGUCACUCCGUCAAAGGUCAAGGUCACAGGGGCCUGAACAUUGAAAACCAUUUCCGAUCAAUAACUAGAGAACCACUUGACCCAGAAUGUUGAAACUUCAUGAGAUGAUUGAUCAUGAAGAGUAGAUGACCCCUAUUGAUUUUGGGGUCACUCCGUCAAAGGUCAAGGUCACAGGGGCCAGAACAUUGAAAACCAUUUCCGAUCAAUAACUAGAGAACCACUUGACCCCGAAUGUUGAAACUUCAUGAGAUGAUUGAUCAUGAAGAGUAGAUGUCCCCUAUUGAUUUUGGGGUCACUCCGUCAAAGGUCAAGGUCACAGGGGCCUGAACAUUGAAAACCAUUUCCAGUCAAUAACUAGAGAACCACUUGACCCAGAAUGUUGAAACUUCAUAGGAUGAUUGUACAUGCAAAGUAGAUGACCCCUAUUGAUUUUGGGGUCACUCCGUCAAAGGUCAAGGUCACAGGGGCCUGAACAUUGAAAACCAUUUCCAAUCAAUAACUAGAGAACAACUUGACCCAGAAUGUUGAAACUUCAUAGGAUGAUUGUACAUGCAAAGUAGAUGACCCCUAUUGAUUUUGGGGUCACUCCAUUAAAGGUCAAGGUCACAGGGGCCUGAACAUUGAAAACCAUUUCCGGUCAAUAACUUGAGAACCACUUGACCUAGAAUGUUGAAACUUAAUAGGAUGAUUGGUCAUGCAGAGUAGAUGACCCCUAACGAUUUUGGGGUCACUCUGUGAAAGGUCAAGAUCACAGGGGCCCGAACAUUGAAAACCAUUUCCGGUCAGUAACUUGAGAACCACUUGACCCAGAAUGAUGAAACUUCAUAGGAUGAUUGGUCAUGCAGAGUAGAUGACCCCUAACAAUUUUAGGGUCACUCUGUAAAAGGUCAAGGCCACAGGGGCCUGAACAUGGAAAACCAUUUCCAAUCAAUAACUUGAGAACCUCUCGACCCAGAAUGACCCCUAUUGUUUUUGGAGCCACUCCGUUAAAGGUCAAGGUCACAGGGGCCUGAACAUUGAUAACCAGUUCUGAUCAAUAACUUGAGAACCACUUGACCGAGAAUGUUGAAACUUCAUAGGAUGAUUGAACAUGCAGAGUAGAUAACCCGUAUUGAUUUUGGGGUCAGUCUGUUAAAGGUCAAGGUCACAGUGGCCUGUUCAUGUAAAAUCAUUUUUUGGAAAUAACUUGAGAACCAUUUGACCUACAAUGUUGAAACUUAAUAGGAUGAUUGGACAUGCAGAGUAGUUGACCCCUAUUUAUUUUGAGGUCACUUGAUCAAAGGUCAAGGUCACAGGAGCCUGAACAGUGACUUGAGAACCACUAGGCCAAGAGUGUUGAAAUUUAGCGGGAUGACUUGACAUGCCAAGUAGAUGAUCCCUAUUGCAGACAACCAUCAGUGUCUCUUUGAUUUUUGCUCCUGACCCCUAUUGAUUUCUUGCCUAUAGGACUUUGCAUUGGGGGAGACAUGCGCUUUUUUACAAAAGCAUUUUCUAGUUUAUGAUUUGAUUUUAACCAAACUUGCACACAACUUGUAUCACCAUAAGAUCUCGAUUCUUUUUUAUACGCCCUUAGGGAUGUAUUAUGUUAUUGCCUCGGUGUUUGUCUGUGUGUUGGUCUGCUCUGUAAGUCUUGAACCCCUUGAUGGAUUUCAGAGAAACCUGACACUAAUGUUCACUCAUUGAAAGGAUGUGCAGAGCGCAUGUUUCGGAUGGCUAAAUUCAAUGUCAAUGGCCACACUUCGGGUCAAAGUUCAUACGACUUUGUUUUAUGUGAAUAUUGAUCUGCAUUUGCGUUGCAUUGCAGUGCUCUUGUUUUUAUUAUGCCCCCGAAGGGAGGCAUAUUAGUUUUCAACUGUCCGUCCGUUAGUUCGUUCGUUAGUCACAACGUUAACUUUUUGCAUGAAGGCACUUUACUCGCGAACCACUGCACCCAGGACCUUCAAACUUCACAUGCUGAUAGUACUUAUUGAGUACACCACCCCUACUGACUGGGGUCACCAGGUCGAAAGGUCAAGGUCACAGGGGCCAACGUUAACUUUUUGCAUGAAGGCACUUUACUCGUGAACCACUGCACCCAGGACCUUCAAACUUCACAUGCUGAUAGUACUUAUUGAGUACACCACCCCUACUGACUUUGGGGUCACCAGGUCAAAAGUCAAGGUCACAGGGGCCAAUGUUAACUUUUUGCAUGAAGGCACUUUACUCGCGAACCACUGCACCCAGGACCUUCAAACUUCACUUGCUGAUAGUACUUAUUGAGUACACCACCCCUACUGACUUUGGGGUCACCAGGUCAAAAGUCAAGGUCACAGGGGCCAACGUUAACUUUUUGCAUGAAGGCACUUUACUCGCGAACCACUGCACCCAGGACCUUCAAACUUCACAUGCUGAUAGUACUUUAUGAGUACACCAACCCUACUGACUUUGGGGUCACCAGGUCAAAGGUCAAGGUCACAGGGGCCAACGUUAACUUUUUGCAUGAAGGCACUUUACAUGCAAACCACUUCAUUCAGGACCUUCAAACUUCACACGCUGAUAGUACUUAUUGAGCACACCACCCCUACUGACUUUGGGGUCACCAGGUCAAAGGUCAAGGUGCUGCUGGGGGCAUUUGUCACCAUUAGUGACAGCUCUUGUUUGGCAGAUCCUUCUUUUGUUUGCUUACAGUAUUUUUGAGUCGGCUAAAUGAUGUAAUCGUUUUGACGAGUCCUUGCUAUCCAGCGAUUCUCUAAGUCUAAAUGGACCAAAUAACACAGUGAAGCGAUGUAGUUCCAUUAGAUUUCUCAAACUUCAAACAGUUCACUGCAAGAAUGAAGUUAAGUUGCGUGAAUUCCCUUUGCUAUGACCAAUAUACGAUGUAAUCUGUCAUAUUUAUGACUUGUAAUUGUGCAAUACUCGAAUGUAACUCAUUAAGCAUAAAUGUGCAUUUUAUGAAUUGCGCAGGCUUACAAAGCUAGCGUAACAUCCAGCGAAAGACAAAAAAUAGUUCCACAGGGCUCCAGGUAAGAUGCGUAUUAGCGUAAAUUACGUAUAGAAAUAAUGCAAAUACGCAUGUCUAAUAAUUUCUGAACGUAUAUAAAAUUACAGAAAUGCACACAAUGCUUUUUUAAAAACAAAAUCUGAAUAGUCUGGAUGCGUUAGGUAACAUAGCCGAUCCCGAUCAGCCUUAAUUCUCCCACAUUGAACGUAUACACGCAUCGUAUGAUUUCUAUAAACUUUGCGUGGGUUUCUACACACACACAUGAAUUUUGCAGUCAGUAAACGGAUAAAUUAUCGGAAGAAGAAGCUCUUACUGGUUUGUUUAGUUACUACAGAUAUUAAAAAUGAUUUUAAUUCUUAUUUUUCGAGAAAUAAACAAAUCGGCGAAACAUUAAAUUGUAUUUUCUUGUAGUUUUUGAAAUCGAAAGUAGAUCGUCUAUGUUUGGCGAAACGAAACGAUUUUUUUAUGAAAAGAUUUAAAUAAGAGGUAAUUUAACCGUAAACUUCAAUGUCAGAUACUGCCAAUUGCUGCUAAAUGUCUUCGUAUCAUCACAAUUUGUAAAAUAUAUUGUUCAAACUGGAGAAAAGUGUAAUCGUAUCCGGAUAUAAUAUUUUGGGUAAAUAUCGAGCUGUGUUAUGAAAUUUUAAGAAAAAAAAACUAAAAACAAACUGAAACUGGUAGACUAUACUGACAGUACAUCAAUCAUUAGCCGACUCAGGCCAUUCAGGCCUUUGAUUUUUUUAUUACUUCCCAUUUGUGUUACUGUAAAUAGCUUAUUUAGUAACUUCUUUAUUAUUUGACGUAGGGAAAAACUGAGACCACUUUUCUGUGGUACAACAUGGAUGGUACCUCCAAUUUUUAGGUGUAUUUUGACAUAUCUGUACAUUGUAAGAAUUUUUUCUUUUUGUUUUUUGUUAAAGCAGUGGUACUCAGGUGAGCGAUAUAGGGCCAUCAUGGUCCUCUUGUAUUGUUUUUGUCAUAAACUUCCAUUAUGGCAACUCUGUCACAGAUAUCAAACAUAGUGUAACUUUAAUAUAUGUCUUCAUUUGUCAUAUUUCUUGUAUCAGUUAUAUUAUGUUAAUUAAUGUCAGCAUGAAGAUUGCAAACCAGUAUUAUAAAAGGUGCAAUAUUUCAAAUUGAAAUUGUGAAAAAAUUAAUUCGGUGACCACACAUUUUCUUUUUAUAUUUCUAAAGUGCACACUAUAUUCUGCUAUUCUUGCAAGUUUAAUCAAAUUCCUUUAUGUAGAUUUGGAAAUAUUUACUUCUGAAGGAAAUACAUAAUAUUGUAAAUUUUUGUCGCUUUUUCGACCUUGAAAACAACAACAACAAUCUAGUCUCGUGCAAAUAUUUAUUGAACUGCAUUUCAUUUUCUUUUUGUUUUGAAGGGAAAUAAUUAUGUCUUAUGAACUUUGACUAGUAGUUAUACUGUAUAUGUCUUUUAUUUGAUUUCUUGGUGUUAUAUGCUAUGUCAGACACUCUCCAGAUUUCCUGAUAUUUUUGUAUCCUAGUCAUGCAUUAUAAUGUGGAAUAAAAUGAAAACAAAGUC